AUCCUGAUGAGGAAAUAGAUCUUGUUUGCAAGUUAUUAUUCUAUCAACCAACAGGGUAUCAUUCCAACCCCCAAAAAUUAUGGAAAGAUCUUAAAGCAGAGGGAUAUCAAUUUCUAUAUAAAAAAAUAUAUACUCCACGGGUUAGUUAUAGUAAAAUUUCACGUCCAAAUUGUGUACAUCAGUAUGAUCUCUUGUUUCUUACAUAUGACUACUACAAAAAUAAAAAAUGGAUAGCAGUACUUAACAUAAUAGAUGUGGCUAGCAGGUUCAAGGCGAGUGUUCCUCUCACAUCGAAGAAAAGUUCAGAGGUUGCUAAAGCAUUCGAGAAAAUUUAUGAUAAUUCCAAUAACCCUCUUACAUACCUGACACUUCUACAAUAUGAUAAUGGAAAAGAAUGA